CGCAACCGUAAGAAAGAUAGGAGCAUCCUUAUUGGCUGGUUAGUGUGCCCGUAAGAGGUGGCGCGGUUCGACGCACGGCCAGGCCGAUCCCGAAGUGGCGGUCCAUCCGUAGACGUGGAUGCUCUGACGUAUCUUCCGGUCCGGGCCCCGCCCUUUCUGCAAUCGGAUGUCCGGAGAAGGACCGGAAGUCGGGAGAAGAGGCGUGGGGUGACCACGUGAGGGUCAGCGAACGUGGGGGUCAGUGGAACGGAAGUAAUACGAUCUUACGCAGCCGUAAAGCACGAUCGGUCGGACCAUUUUCCGGUUAGCGACAACGGCCGGCUCGGACGCCAGUGCUACCCUUCCUGUAGACCGCAACUCGGUGAGACCUUCGGUGAAUAACGCUUCACCUCAGCUUUUUCCUUUCGGCGCCCCUUCACCAAGAUCAUGUUCAAGAAAUUUGACGAGAAGGAGAGUGUGUCCAACUGCAUCCAGCUGAAAACUUCCGUUAUUAAGGGUAUUAAAAGCCAACUGACUGAGCAGUUUCCAGGUAUCGAACCGUGGCUUAAUCAAAUCAUGCCUAAGAAAGACCCCGUCAAAAUAGUGCGAUGCCAUGAACACAUGGAAAUCCUUACAGUCAAUGGAGAAUUACUGUUUUUCAGGCAGAGAAAAGGACCUUUUUAUCCAACGCUGAGAUUACUUCACAAAUACCCGUUUAUCUUGCCACACCAGCAGGUCGACAAAGGAGCCAUCAAAUUUGUGCUCAGUGGUGCAAAUAUCAUGUGUCCGGGUUUAACGUCUCCCGGAGCUAAGCUUUAUGCUGCUGCGGUAGAUACCAUCGUGGCGGUCAUGGCAGAAGGCAAAGAGCACGCCCUGUGUGUCGGAGUCAUGAAGAUGGCUGCAGCAGACAUUGAGAAAAUCAACAAGGGGAUCGGCAUUGAGAAUAUCCAUUAUCUAAAUGACGGGCUGUGGCAUAUGAAGACGUAUAAGUGAGCCUUAGACGCAAUGCACUUGAGCUAAAUAUAAAUAUUGUGUUGUAUCUGUGUUUGUGUCUGUAUAUGACAUGAAGACAAUGCCUCUGUGGCUAUGCUGAAUAAAUUCAACAGAUACCUUUAAAAAAUGAAAACGGGGUGUUGUAACCACAGGAGAGAGCAGGAAUUGGGGGUCAAGUAACAGUUUGCUCCACUUUGGGAUCACAGAAGUGGUCGUACUGUGUUAUUAGGAGAUUUGGUAGCAUCCAGAGAGGUCUGGCAUCGGGGUCUCUACUUAGGUGCUCCCAACAACAGCUGCCUUCGAGAUUCCCUCUUGGCUACUUCCUCUCUCUCUCUCUCUCUCUCUCUCUCUCUCUCUCUCUCUCUCUCUCUCUCCUUCUCUGCUUGGGAAGGGUUACCAGCCAUCCUCUUGGUUUCCUGAAAUUCUGGACUUGGCAGGAGUAGCAUUCCUUGGGAACCCACUGUGUUCCAUUCCAGGCACUGUGCUGAGGGCAUUGUAGAAUAACCUUCCUCACUCCUCACAACAGCCCCCUGAGGAAGGUGCUGUUGACUUUUUUACAGAUAGGGAAACAAACUCUAUAAAGAGGACACUUCCUCCCCUAGGGUCACCCAGCUUCAGGUGGCAGAGCUUAUAUAUCCUAACACCCUCAUUUGAUCUGGGCCUACAUUCCCCCUAUAGAAAACUAAGGGGUUGGGGGUGGACCCAGUGAGCUUUCCCGAGCCUAAAACCCCUGCCAGUCUGAGGCAGCCACGGCCAAGCACAUGGGCCUGUCUGGCCAUACGGGCAGCCGUGUCCUCCACCUCCCAGGGGCUGACGGGUUGGGGCGGGGGGUGAUAGCCUCACUCUGAGGAGUGGACUUACCUGGCCUCUCU